UCAGCCUAUCAGCGAGGACUACGAUGGAAACGUUACGUUACGUAUGCAUUAUUUAUGAGCCGGAAGACGUUUACUAGUUCGACGAGGGAAGAAUGUGUUAAAAAUGUCAACAAAUACUGCAGCGAGGGAUCCACAUUUCGAGUGUCCGUCAUGGGCAGGAAAGCCUCCAGCAGGACUUCAUUUGGACGUGGUGAAAGGAGACAAACUUGUCGAGAAACUGAUCAUUGAUGAAAAGAAGUACUAUUUGUUUGGGAGAAACCCUGAUGUCUGUGACUUCACCAUUGACCAUCAGUCAUGCUCUCGUGUCCAUGCGGCCCUCGUCUACCACAGGCAUUUAAAAAGGGUCUUUCUCAUUGACCUUAACAGCACACAUGGUACAUUCCUCGGACACUUACGCCUGGAGCCACACAAGCCUCAGCAGGUUCCUAUCGACUCCACGAUGUCAUUUGGUGCAUCAACCCGUGUCUACACCAUCCGGGAGAAACCUCAUACCCAGCUGAGCUCUGGUGCAGGGGAGAGUAAAAUUGGUGAUGAUGAGGAGCUUAAAGGGCUUCUGGGACUUCCCGAAGAAGAAACUGAACUUGAUAACCUGACAGAGUUUAACACUGCUCAUAACAAGCGCAUCUCUACCCUCACUAUAGAGGAGGGCAAUCUGGAUAUUCAAAGACCCAAGAGGAAAAGAAAAAACUUCAGAGUUACCUUCACCGAAGAGGAUGCGAUCAUUAACCCAGAGGAUGUUGACCCCUCCGUUGGACGUUUUAGAAACAUGGUCACAACAGCUGUUGUACCUAUUAAGAAAAAGAGAAUGGCAAGCAUUCAUGCGCUAGGAAUCGAGGAAACCAUAACGCGACACAUGCACACUUUUCCCUUGCGUGGUGGACUCUAUAGAGACCUUCCUCCUACCAGUCACGAAGCUCAGCUUACAGGAACUCCUAGUGGGGCCACGAUUUUAGGAGGACUGCCAUUACCCUUGCCCAAUCCUGCACCAGAUGUGGACUUUGCCAAUGAAAUGCCACAAGCCCCGGUCACCCUCAAUCCCACACCCUUAACUGGUCCAUAUGUGUCAGAGUUCCUCAAUGAACCUCGCAAAAAGAAAUAUGCAAAAGAGGCAUGGCCUGGAAAGAAGCCCACCCCAUCGUUGCUUAUUUAGCCACAAAAAUAGCACAGGAUGUGGUUGACAGGUCUCUUCACAAAAACUUUGUCAUGCUUGAAGUUGACAGUAGGUACAAAACGAUUAUAGAAAGUAUUGUAUUAAAAGACUUUAUUUGAGCUUUAAA